UUGGGUUGCAAGUUGCAACCUCUUCUUUUAUGAAUAUAAAUUCUUCAGCUUUAAUCGUUGAUCUCUCUUUUGGUUCUGGGAAACUAAGGAGAAAUUUUGUACUUCAUUUAAUUUAUUCACACUGAUCUUCUUUUCUUUUCUUUUCUUUUCUUCACCGUAAAACACGGUAGAGAUGAUGCACAUGACCUUUUACUGGAGCCGGCAGGUGACUCUCCUGUUCAGUUCCUGGCGGACCGAGUCAUGGCUGAGUUACGCGUUGACUCUUCUGGCUUGUGUUUUGGCUUCUGCUUUAUACCAGUACUUGGAGCACGUAAGGUAUCAGGUCAGGCGGGGAGGGAAGCCGGCGGAGGGGACGGCUGAAGAACCGCUUUUGCUGCAGCAGAAGGGAGCUGGGUCUGGAAAUAGAGGUAAGUGGUCGGUGAAGAAGGUCGUGGGAGGGGUGCUUUUUGGGUUGAGCUCGGCUUUAGGGUAUUUGUUGAUGCUGGCGAUUAUGUCGUUCAAUGGAGGUGUGUUUCUGGCUAUUGUUUUGGGCUUAACGGUUGGGUUUUUGGUGUCUAGGAAUGAGGAGGAUGAUCAGAUUGCUGGCGUUAAUAGCACUUGUGCCUGUGCCUAAUGAAAGAAAGGGCAGUUUAUUUUCCCUUUUUUUUUUCUGGUUUCUUUUUUAGGUUGAGGUGCCUGGGCUCUGUCUGUUUCUGGGUUUGGAUUGGGUGAUCAUGGUAUGUGUUAAUAUGUAAUCAUCCGACUCUUAAGUUAAAAAGUCAUUACUGUAAUUGUCAAUCGGCAGUUUUUCUAUUUAUGAUUGUUUGUUUUGGGGGAAUGCUUUUCUGGAUUUCAAACUCA